AUGGAAUUCAAUCCGGAGCUUCCAUGUUCUUCCAACUUUGACUACCCUGAAGCAGCCAUUCACGCCUGCAUCUGCGACAGCAACACUGACGUCGACUCUCUUCGCCUCCGAGCGCUGCUUUCGACAUGCAGCCCCAACGCCCUGAACCAUCUCGAUGACAAAUGGGGAUCGCCGCUUCAUGUGGCCAUUCGCUACGACAAUCUCGACGCCACGGAUCAGCUGCUUCGCGCCGGCGCCGACGCCGUGACGCAGCGCGAGUUUCGCGGUAUGGGCUUCGGUCCGCCGGCGCCGAUAAUGCUAGCCAUUAGUCUCGGCCGGAUGGCCCUCCUGCAGCGCCUCUGGCAGCAUAUGCCCCCGGAAAUGUACGCAAACGGUGGCUCGCGACCGUAUUUCUCGUGCCUUGCGCAUGCGGCGCGGUGCGGGCAGGUCGAUAUCCUGGAGUGGCUCCUGGGCGUGUGGGACAGAUGGUCCCAGGAAGCCUUGAGCUGGGUUUUGAAAGCGGCUGCGACAAGGCUCGACUUCUUCUUCGUUGAGAUUUUACUACCGCGGAUGGAUUAUUCGUCGGAUGUCCUGAAUGAGGCACUGCAGGCAGCUGCUGUCGACACACAGUAUGAGAAUGCAGAGUUGUCGAGGGAGCUCUGCACCACAGCCGAGUGUCUCAGCCAGGAGCGCAUCAUUCGCGCUCUGAUAAAUAAGGGGGCAGACGCCAAUGCAAUCUCUAGAGACGGAGAGCCUCUUGUGACGGAGACGGCACGGUUCACGGAGCGGGCUGUCGCGCUGAGAGCCCUCCUCGAGCGCGGCGCCGAUCCCAACGCGACAAGGAAAAAUGGGAACACGGCGCUGCAUUUGCUGGCUACACCAAUCUAUACAAAGAAAUCAUUGCAGACCACGCGGAAGCCUCACGAGGUUGGCAUCCGGCUAUUGCUGCAGCAUGGUGCUUCCAUGUAUACCAAAGCCGCACGAGGGGAGUUGCCUCUGCACCGCGCUGCGUUUGGCGGCAAUAUGCGCAUCUUUCAACUGUAUCUCUCUGCACUCAUCCCAGAAGACCAGAACAGUGCAGUAUUCCUGCGGCUCGACAACGGCUACGGAGAGUCGCUGCUCCAUUGGGCUGCUGCGGGCGGUCAAUGCGACAUGCUGGAACAUCUCCUCUCCCUCGACGGCAGCAGCGCGCACGUCAACGAUCAGACGGACAAUGGCUGGACGCCGCUCAUGUGCGCUCUUGUCCCCGAAUCAUCCGCAUCAAAAGGAGCACAAGAGGCGAUCCAAGCCGCGCGGCUGCUUCUCGCUCACGGGGCCGACCCUCUCAUUUCGACUACCGACGGCUGGACGCCGCUGCAUUGUCUUGCCCUACACAGAGACACUCGUCCAUACGGUGAAGCGUACGUUUUGACCAAGGAACUCAUUGCCAUGGGCGUCGACUUAGACGCCCGCGCCGCGCAGCUCAACACCAGGCGUGACGCCUGGGGCCACUACGCGCAAGUCGCCUUGGAAGAAACUGGUGCGAGUCCGCGACGGCUGUUUAGGACGGGAAUGACACCACUCCUCUUGGCGGCGGACCGCGGCGCCUUUGGCGUGAGCAGGGCGCUGAUAGACAGCGGUGCAGACCUGUCCUGCACAGACGGUGCGGGCCGAGACGCGGUGCAACUGGCGUGGAGGUGGAGGUACCUCCAUGAGGAAGAUAUGUACCAGCACGUCAUCUUCCGUAGAAGGGGCAUGGCUUAA